AUGCGCAGCCACAAGUUGACCGGUCAGCGUCUUGUGCUUGAGGGCGUCACAGGCAAGCAAUUCCCCAUCGGGACAAAGGACUAUCCUGACUGGCAAUACCAAUAUGCCACAACGACCCACGGUCUCGACCAUGACAUGGAGCCAGGCUUGAUCAUCCAGCCAAAGAACAAGAAAGAUAUUCAGCUCGCAGUCCUCUUCGCGAAGGAACAGAACAAGGCCAUUGCCAUCCGUACUGGUGGCCACCAGUACAGCGGCGCCUCAUCGACCGGCAAAUCCAACAUCCUGCUGGACCUCCGCGACACGUUCAAGGCGUCUGAUGACCUAGCAUACUUUGAGAAGGACGAUAAGAGCUACGUCCACGCCAGUGUGAGCUGGAGCCUUGGCGCGUUCAACGCGUUCCUUGGAAAGCAUAAGGCUUUCGUGCCCCAUGGACAGUGCACAGCCGUACAUGUGGGCGGCCAUGUGCAGACGGGUGGCUAUGGCCAACUAGGCCGUAGCUUCGGCCUGUUUGGGGACCACAUCCGCUCUCUGGAGAUCAUCGACCAUGCCGGUGAGGAGAAGGAGAUCACGCGCGCCGGCGACCCCGAGCUCUUCUACGCCUGGCUGGGAGGUAGCCCGGGCAAUCUGGGCGUGCUGACGCACUUCACCGUCGAGGUCCACCGCGAUGCCGACUACAAGGGCUCCAUGGGUGUGAGAGUGUUGCAUCUCUACGACGAAGACAAACUCAAGUCCCUCUUGCAGGUACUGGCGGAGAUGAAUGACGACGAAGAGUUCCCACGGAACUACGACCUGUGCAUCAGCGUUCUCAGCGCGUCAUUCGAUAUCCUGGGCUUGAUGGGCGGGUUGGAUAAUAAGAUGGAGGAGGAACACCCCGAGAUAUUCGGGGAGGACGGAAAUCCGGCCUGGCCGCGCAUGAUCGUCGUGUAUGCCCAAUAUGUCCCCUUCAGUAAGGACGACAAACCCGAUAUGACCUUUUUCGACCGGGUGCGCACCGGUUGUUGGUUCCAGAGCGGCGUCAAAGAGAAGCCCAUGUCCGAGUUGACGGCCCAGUGGAUUUUCCGGAAUACAAGGGAAUUUGAUCUUCCAUAUGUCAAGAGAACGUACCUGACGACGUCAACGGAGCUAAGCACCAAUGGUUGGGUGGACUGGGUGGCUGGCAGGAUGGACGAAAUUGUUCGGCCUGUUGGGAAUGGGCAGUGGCUUUCGGCUCAGCUGCAGUGUUUUGGUGGGAAGCACUCGCGGUUUAGGACGAAUGCUGAUAAUGGAACGUCUUUUAGUUGGCGGGACUCAACAUUGUGCUUCACUAUCGACUCGUUCCACAAGCCGUCAAAGAAGGAUGACGCGGAGCAAUGGGCACAGACAAAUGACGUGCAGGGUAUCGGACCCGACGGCAUCUUCAGCAAGCAAGAUCGCCGCGUGCUAUGGGGCUCAUAUGGAAGUUUUGACCUCGACGCCUCCUGGCAGUUCUACUACGAUGACCGGGCCAAGUACGAAAGGCUGAUGGAGGCUAGGAAGAUUGCUGACCCGGACGGGACUUUUACCCCCAACACGUUCUCUGUCAAGCGCGCAGACUGA